CCAAAGGCCCGCGGCCGCAGGAAGCGGGAGCCCGAUCCCGCGCCGAUAUCUCUUUUUGGAGCAAAGCCUUUUGGUGGACGAAGCCCUGAUGAGCCAAUGUUGAGUAAAGCUGAAUUUGUGGAAAAAGUUCGACAGAGUAAUCAGGCCUGUCACGAUGGAGAUUUCCACACAGCCAUUGUUUUGUAUGACGAAGCUCUUGGUGUCGACCCCCAGAACUGCAUCUUAUACAGCAAUAGAUCCGCCGCCUACAUGAAAACCCAACAGUAUGACAAGGCCCUGGAUGAUGCAAUCAAAGCCCGACUUCUAAAUCCCAAAUGGCCAAAGGCCUACUUCCGACAGGGUGUUGCCCUUCAGUACCUUGGACGCCAUGCAGAUGCUCUGGCAGCUUUCGCAUCAGGUCUGGCCCAGGAUCCCAAGAGUCUACAGCUUUUGGUUGGGAUGGUGGAAGCCGCCAUGAAAUCCCCCAUGAGAGAGUCCCUGGAACCUACCUAUCAGCAACUUCAGAAGAUGAAACUGGACAAGAGCCCUUUUGUGGUGGUGUCAGUCGUUGGCCAAGAACUCCUGACUGCAGGGCAUCACGGAGCAUCCGUGGUUGUGUUAGAAGCUGCACUGAAGAUUGGGACUUGCAGUCUGAAACUGAGGGGAUCAGUUUUCUCUGCCCUAAGCAGUGCUUAUUGGUCUCUCGGAAACACAGAGAAGAGCACCGGAUACAUGCAACAGGACUUGGAUGUAGCCAAGACUUUAGGUGACCAGACGGGGGAAUGCCGAGCUCAUGGGAAUCUGGGCUCCGCAUUCUUCUCCAAAGGAAAUUACCGGGAGGCCCUCACCAAUCAUAGACAUCAGCUGGUGCUCGCCAUGAAACUCAAGGACCGAGAGGCAGCAUCUUCGGCCCUGAGCAGCCUGGGCCACGUCUACACCGCGAUCGGAGACUACCCCAACGCCCUGGCUAGUCACAAGCAGUGCGUCCUCCUCGCCAAGCAAUCCAAAGACGAGCUUUCCGAAGCCAGAGAGCUGGGCAACAUGGGGGCGGUGUACAUUGCCAUGGGAGACUUUGAGAACGCAGUGCAGUGCCACGAGCAGCACCUGAAAAUCGCCAAGGACCUGGGCAACAAGCGGGAGGAGGCCCGCGCCUACAGUAACCUGGGCAGCGCCUAUCACUACCGGCGCAAUUUCGAUAAAGCCAUGUCCUACCACAACUCAGUGCUGGAGCUGGCGCAGGAGCUGACGGAGAAGGCCAUCGAGAUGCGGGCCUAUGCCGGGCUGGGCCACGCCGCCAGGUGCAUGCAGGACCUGGAGAGGGCCAAGCAGUACCACGAGCAGCAGCUCGGCAUUGCCGAGAGCCUGAAGGAUCGAGCCGCCGAGGGGAGAGCCUCUUCCAAUCUAGGCAUCAUCCACCAGAUGAAAGGUGACUAUGACGCAGCCCUGAAAUUACACAAAACCCACCUGUCCAUCGCUCAGGAGCUGAGCGACUAUGCGGCCCAGGGGCGGGCGUACGGCAACAUGGGCAACGCCUACAACGCCCUGGGCCUGUACGACCAGGCGGUCAAGUACCACCGUCAGGAGCUGCAGAUCUCCAUGGAGGUGAACGACCGUGCCUCGCAAGCGUCCACCCACGGGAACCUGGCCGUGGCCUACCAGGCCCUGGGGGCCCACGACCGCGCCCUGCAGCACUACCAAAACCACCUCAACAUCGCCCGGGAGCUGCGGGACAUCCAGAGUGAAGCUCGGGCCCUGAGCAACCUGGGGAACUUCCACUGCUCCCGGGGAGAGUUCGGCCAGGCCGCCCCGUACUACGAGCAGUACCUCCGGCUGUCCCCCGAGCUCCAGGACAUGGAGGGGGAGGGGAAGGUCUGCCAUAACCUCGGAUACGCGCACUACUGCCUGGGGAACUACCAGGAAGCCGUCAGAUACUACGAGCAGGACUUGGCCUUGGCCAAGGACCUGCACGAUAAACUGAGCCAAGCCAAGGCCUACUGCAAUCUGGGCCUGGCCUUCAAGGCCUUACUGAACUUCGACCAAGCGGAAGAGUGCCAGAAGUACCUGCUGUCGCUCGCCCAGGCCCUGAACAACUGCCAGGCCAAGUUUCGGGCCCUGGGGAACCUGGGCGACAUCUUCGUCUGCAAGAAGGAUCUAACGGGGGCCAUCAAGUUCUAUGAGCAGCAGCUGAGCUUAGCUCACCAGGCGAAGGACCGGAGACUGGAAGCCAGCGCCUACGCGGCCCUGGGGACCGCCUACCGGAUGAUCCAAAAAUGCGACAAGGCCCUGGGCUACCACACCCAGGAGCUGGAGGUCUACCAGGAGCUGAGCGACCUACCGGGGGAAUGCAGGGCUCACGGGCACUUGGCCGCCGUGUACAUGGCCCUGGGGAAGUACACCAUGGCGUUCAAGUGUUACCAAGAGCAGCUGGAACUGGGCCAGAAGCUCAAGGACCCGAGCAUCGAAGCCCAGGUCUACGGCAACAUGGGCAUCACCAAGAUGAACAUGACCGUCAUGGAAGAGGCCAUCGGCUACUUCGAGCAGCAGCUGGCCAUGCUGCAGCAGCUCAGCGGGAACGAGUCCGUGCUAGACCGAGGACGGGCCUACGGCAACUUGGGGGACUGCUACGAGGCUCUGGGCGACUACGAGGAGGCCGUCAAGUACUACGAGCAGUACCUGUCGGUGGCUCAGAGCUUGAAUCGCAUGCAAGACCAGGCCAAGGCCUACCGGGGCCUGGGAAACGGACACAGGGCGAUGGGGAGCUUGCAACAGGCCCUGGUGUGCUUUGAGAAGAGGCUGGUGGUGGCCCACGAGCUGGGCGAGGCCUUCAACAAAGCCCAGGCCUAUGGGGAGCUGGGGAGCCUCCACAGCCAGCUGGGCAAUUUCGAGCAGGCCAUCUCCUGCCUGGAGCGCCAGCUGACCAUCGCCAGGGAGAUGAAAGACCGAGCCCUGGAGAGCGAUGCAGCCUGUGGGCUCGGGGCCAUCUACCAGCAGAUGGGCGAGUACGACACGGCCCUGCAGUACCACCAGCUGGACCUCCAGAUCGCAGAGGAGACCAACAACCCGACGGGCCAGGGCCGGGCCUAUGGCAACCUGGGCCUGACCUACGAGUCGCUGGGCACCUUCGAGCGGGCCGUGGUGUACCAAGAGCAGCACCUGAGCAUCGCGGCUCAGAUGAACGACCUGGUGGCCAAGACCGUGUCGUACAGCAGCCUGGGAAGGACCCACCAUGCCUUGCAGAACUACUCGCAGGCAGUCAUGUAUCUCCAGGAAGGUUUGAGGCUGGCAGAGCAGUUGGGGCGCAGAGAGGAUGAAGCCAAAAUCCGCCACGGCCUCGGCCUCUCCCUCUGGGCCAGUGGGAACCUGGAAGAGUCACAGCACCAGCUCUAUAGAGCAUCAGCCUUGUUUGAAACAAUCCGACACGAAGUGCAGCUGAGCACGGACUACAAGCUGUCUCUGUUUGACCUGCAGACCUCUUCCUACCAAGCCCUCCAGCGGGUCCUCGUCAGCCUGGGACAUCACGACGAAGCCCUGGCCGUGGCCGAAAGGGGGAGGACAAGGGCGUUUGCUGAUCUGCUGGUGGAACGCCAGACAGGACCACAGGACUCUGAUCCCUACUCCCCAGUGACUAUUGACCAGAUAUUGGAGAUGGUCAAUAGCCAGAGGGGGCUAGUGCUCUAUUAUUCUUUGGCUGCAGGCUACCUGUACAGCUGGCUGCUUGCUCCUGGGGCAGGAAUCCUCAAGUUCCAUGAAUAUUAUUUGGGUGACAACAUGGUGGAAAAUGCCAGCGACUUCCAUGAAACUAGUAGCGUGAUCCUCCAAAAUGGGACCAACUCAGCACUGGAGCAGUACAUCAGCAGUGCGCGGGAGGCAUUGGGGGUGGACUCUUAUUAUACAAGAGCCGGUGCCAACAGCGAGACAGAGAGCGAAGCCGGAGAUAUCAUGGACCAGCAGUUUGAGGAGAUCGACAACAAACUGAACUCUGUGUCAGACCCCACUGGCUUUCUGAGAAUGGUCAGCAGGAAUAACCUUUUUAACAGGAGCUGCCAGAGCAUGACGAGUUUGUUCAGUAACACCGUGUCGCCUCUUAAGGAUGGAACAUCGUCCCUUUCUCGACGACAGAACUCCUUCACCAAACCCCCGCUGCGUGCUCUCUAUGACCUCCUCAUAGCGCCCAUGGAAGGGGGUUUGAUGCAUUCCAGUGGCCCUGUGGGGAGGCACCGGCAGCUGAUACUGGUUCUGGAGGGAGAACUUUACCUCAUCCCUUUUGCUCUCCUGAAAGGAAGUUCCUCCAAUGAGUACCUCUACGAGCGUUUCACCCUCAUCGCCGUGCCCUCCAUCCAGUCCCUGAACCCCAAUUCCAAGCCUCACCAGAGGAAGAAUGUGGCCACCUACUCCAGCUCUACCUCCAUGGCGGCCGUCAUAGGCAACCCAAAGCUCCCUUCGGCGGUGAUGGACAGGUGGCUGUGGGGGCCGAUGCCCUCAGCGGAAGAGGAGACAUACAUGGUGUCGGAGCUGCUGGGCUGUCAGCCCCUGGUCGGGGCCGUGGCCACCAAAGAGAGGGUCAUGAGCGCCCUUAGCCGGGCCGAGUGCGUCCACUUCGCCACCCACAUCUCCUGGAAGCUGUCGGCCUUGGUCCUGACGCCCAACGCGGAGGGCACCCCGGCCGGAAGCAAGAGCUCUUUCGGGAAUCCCUACACCAUCCCGGAGUCCCUCCGGAUGCAGGACGACGCGAGCGACGCAGAGAGCAUCUCUGACUGUCCCCCACUGCAGGAGUUCCUGCUCACGGCCGCCGACGUCUUGGACCUGCGGCUGCCCGUGAAGAUAGUGGUUCUGGGCUCCUACCACGAGGCCGGCGGCAGGGUCACUGCCGACGGGGUCGUGGGCUUGACCCGGGCCUUCCUGGCCGCGGGGGCUCAGUGUGUGCUGGUGGCCCUCUGGCCCGUUCCCGUGGCCGCCUCCAAGAUGUUCGUCCACGCCUUCUAUUCAUCCCUGCUGAAUGGGAUGAAAGUCAGCGGGGCCCUCGGGGAGGCCAUGAAGGUGGUUCAGAGCAGUAAGCAGUUCUCCCAUCCCUCCAACUGGGCAGGCUUCAUGCUGAUCGGGAGUGACGUGAAGCUGAACAGCCCUUCCUCCCUCAUCGGGCAGGCCCUGACGGAGAUACUCCAGCACCCAGAACGAGCUCGGGAUGCCCUGCGAGUGCUGCUACAUCUGGUGGAGAAGUCCCUGCAGCGAAUCCAGAACGGGCAGCGGAACGCCAUGUACACCUCCCAGCAGAGCGUGGAGAACAAGGUCGGAGGCAUCCCAGGCUGGCAGGCCCUGCUCACCGCUGUGGGCUUCCGGCUGGACCCACCGACCAGCGGCCUUCCCGCCGCCGUGUUCUUCCCCACCUCAGACCCCGGCGAACGGCUCCAGCAGUGCAGCACCACAAUUCAGUCCCUGCUAGGUUUGCCUAACCCUGCACUUCAGGCACUUUGUAAACUUAUCACUGCUUCAGAAACCGGAGAGCAACUCAUCAACCGGCUUCAUCAGGUUCUGGUUCAGCUCCAACCGGGAGAGAAGGAUCAGGACUUCUGCUCAGCGCCUAUCCAAGUCUCCAUCAGCGUUCAGCUUUGGAGGCUACCUGGGUGUCAUGAGUUUCUGGCAGCUCUAGGGUUUGAUCUCUGUGAAGUUGGCCAAGAAGAGGUCAUUCUGAAAACUGGGAAACAAGCUAAUAGAAGGACCAUGCACUUUGCUCUUCAGUCUCUGCUGUCUCUCUUUGAUUCUACAGAACUUCCCAAGCGACUGAGCCUGGACAGUUCUUCGUCCCUGGAGUCCCUGGCAUCUGCGCAGUCCAUUUCCAACCCAGCACCCCUGGGAUUUCAGCACCCCCCAUUCUCCCCGACCAGCCCGGACAGCACGGCGUCCGACGCCAUCUCCGUCUACAGCCUGAGUUCUAUCGCUUCCUCUAUGAGCUUUGCUUCCAAGCCAGAAAGUCUGGCCGACGGGGCGGGGCUCAGAGGGCGUCAGGACUACGAGAGACCCAAGAACACCUUCCCCCAGAGACCUUCGCUUCCACCGAGCCAGUUCUCGCCGCAGACCAGCGCCACGGCCCACAAAGAGGAAGAAGAAUACCAAGGGUUCUCCAUCAUCAGCAACGAGCCCUUGGCCACUUACCAAGAAAACGUGAAAGGGAGAUUUUCCCCCGAUCACAAACAGCCCCCAGUUGGAGCCGGGAGGGGGGUUAAGGUGUCCGUCAGCUCCAAGGGGAGCGUGAGUACCCCCAAUUCUCCAGCCAAAAUGACACUCAUCCCCAGCCCAAACUCCCCCUUUCAGAAAGUAGGGAAGCUGGCGAGUUCCGACACCGGAGAGUCUGACCAAUCCAGCACGGAGACGGACAGUACGGUCAAAUCGCAGGAGGAAAACAACCCGAAGCUCGAUCCCCAGGAGCUGGCCCAGAAGAUCUUGGAGGAGACCCAGAGUCACCUGAUGGCCGUGGAGCGCCUCCAGAGGAGCGGCAGCCAGGUGAGCAAAGGGAACCCCGAAGACCCCAGCGCCUCAGGGCCCAACGGGGCCCCCGGGUUCCGAUCGUCCGAAACGAGCGCCUUCAGCAGACCGGCCGCCUCCGGCCCCAAGGGCCAGGCGUCCCCGGUUUCUGGCAAACCGAAGCCCCCGACUCGGAGCUCGUCUCUGCAAAAGGUCAGCUCGGGCUACAACAGCCCGGCCGCUUCCGAGACGUCCGGCAGGGAAGGCCCAGGCCCGCGCAGCAGCCAACCGUCCCCGAGCCGUGACUCGCCCAGCUCCCCGGGCGACCAGCCUCCCUUCAAGUUGAAGUAUCCCAGUUCCCCUUACAGCGCUCAUAUCUCCAAGUCGCCAAGGAACCUGUCCCCCAGCUCGGGACACCAGUCGCCGGCUGGAAGUGCCCCGUCCCCCGCCCUGUCCUACUCCUCGGCCGGGUCGGCUCGGUCCAGCCCGGCCGAUGCCCCGGAUCUAGACAAGUUAAAGAUGGCGGCCAUCGACGAGAAGGUGCAGGCCAUCCACAACCUGAAGAUGUUUUGGCAGAGUGCCCCCCAGCACUCCUCGGGCCCGAUGAAAAUAUUCCGCGGGGCCCCGGGCGCCGUUGCGUCCAAAAGAGACGUCCUCAGUCUGCUCAAUUUAUCCCCUCGGCACAGCAAGAAGGAGGAAGGGGCAGACAGACUCGAACUCAAGGAGCUGACCCUGCGGGAGCGUCCCACCCCCCUGCUGAGGGACCCUCCAAAUGGACACAGGUGUGCCGAGACCACCGGUCAGACGACACCUACCCCCCCGCCGUCCGGUGCUUCCCCUGGAGCCGGCCGGCCGCUGAGACUGCCCUCUGGAAACGGCUACAAGUUCCUGUCACCGGGAAGGUUCUUCCCUUCCUCCAAGUGUUAAAAUCCCUUUGCCUGCCGGUCCGGUGAAACUGUAAUGCUAAACGGGGGGCAGGGGAGGGUCUUGGUCUCUCUCCCGCCCGUUAGCCUCUUUUCUGGGACGAAACCUCAUGGUGUUCGCUGCCGAGCCACGAUCAACGUCCAGGUUCAACCACGGCCCGGAAUGGCGGUGGGUUGGCCUAGGGCAGCAGGGCAUUCGAGCCCUGAAGGACGGAUGUGUCAUCGGUUCUUUUUUAAGUGGACUUUGGGCCCGAUUCACCUAGAACCAGGAUGUUUGUGGUGGUCCCAGCCCAGGAGGUCUUUGAUGAGUCUUUCCAUCUCCUUUCACCAAAUAUUAAUAUUGACCCACGAACUCCCUGAUUCUCAUCCCCGGGUGGGAGACUAGUGUGGGGUUUUUAUACGCAAAUUGUUUGUGGAUGUGGGGGGCUGGGAGAUGAGAGGGGAAACUUGCACCUAUUUUGCUAGGAGGUAUAUAUGCAGUACCUUUUGUACACAGAAAUAACAAAUACAGUUUUCUAAGUUUUCAGGUGCCAGUCGAGGUGGUACAUAGGAAACCUUUCUUAGAUGAAUCCUACGUGAAAGCGUGACGUUAGCCAAAAAUAGAAUUUUGGUCAGAAAAUGCCAAUGAUUUCUAAUUCAGUGAUGGCAGUUUUGGUCUCAUGCAAUUGUAACAUCAAUAACAAUGCAAUAAUUCAGGUUGAAACAGUGCUUCCAUGCUGAACUCUCUUCAGUGAUUACAAACUAUCUCUAAAAUGUCCCUUUUGGCCCCACUCUCGGCCAAACGUGAAUUCCCUUUUAAAAAAAAAAAAGUUUGAGCAAAAUGCAUUCCCCUCAUUUUGGAGCUAUGCAAAUGUGAUUUUUAAAAUGCAAGUUCUCUGCUUUUAAACGAUUCUUGACUUGUUUUGUUCUUGGAUAACUCUAAAUGGCUUGGUUGUAUUAUUAAUAAUAAUAUUUUACAUUUAUAGAGCACUGUUCUUUUGAAAAGGAAAACAUUUUUUCAAAAUAUCAAACUUUGAACAUUCAUACAUGAAUAGCCACUUAGCCAAGUUUGGGGAACGAGUCAAUUAAGCUGUAAGCAAAAAAAAAAAGUUGUUCUAGGAUUUAUUGGAUAUCGUUGUUUGGUAGGGACCAUCUCUAUAUG